AUCUUCUUCGGUGCUUUCGUACGCUGUGUGGUAUUCACAACCACUUGCUGAUCUGCCUGUGUAACCCGUUACAUGCUGGAGCCACAGAGCGAUAUUUGUGCGAUAAAAUGUGUACAAAUAAACCUGCAUGUUGCAAAUGUGAGGCCUUUUUGAAGAUUUAAAAUGUUAUAUAAUCAGGAGUGGCUUCUGUAAAACAGACAGGCUUGACUUUGAUGAUGAUGGUGGCGAUGAUGAUGGUGAUGAUGGUCAUACAGGCCCUGUAUGAUACCGCCGAUUCACGCUUUUCUUAAAAAUCUGCUUUAUCUAUCCACGCUUUACUCGCCUAGAAGAAUGACUCCUAUUUUAUGUCAUUUUAUAUUGCCUUAUUGUAUUGCUAUAUUUUGAAAAACAGUGGUAGAAGUGCAUAUGUGCAUAUUUCGCUGCCGAAUCGAGCUGUUUCACCUCUUUUAUCUAAAUACCGUAUCAUUUUGGACUUAUAUUUGCUCCUUUGAGGCCAAUUUGUCAUUUUGCAUGAACUUUAAAGUCAAUGAGCAUUUUAAACAUUGAAUCUGAUUUCCGGCGCCUCUGCAGCCCUUCUCUACAUGUCGUGUUUGAUCCUGCAGUUUAAUGAGAGCUUAUAUAACACCAUGUGAUCCUGUAUAAAUAAAUGACUGCAUGUGUGUCUUUCUGACAGAGCAGUUGUAUAAUUAUUGGGUGUGUUGUUUGUUUGUUUGCCCAAUUGCAGCAGCUGUCAGGCUGCGGCCUGUGGGGAGGCGUUCACUGACUGUAGCCAAAUAAUGAUAUUAUUUUUCAUUUAAAAUCCAAAUGAUUUAUAAAUGGAUAUUAUCAAAAUAACGCAAACAUCAGCAGCGUUCUGCAUCUAAAGCAACAGCAGAGUGAAAAUCAGGUUUGUUAAUGAGCUAAUAUGCAUCAAAUAUUUACACAGUGCUUUUUUUCGUUAUUUUCAAUGAUGUAUUAUUUAAUAGGGUGUGUUUUAUCAAAGAUAAAGCUAUGUAAAAAGCAGGAAAUUAUCUUUAUGAAUUAGGAAAAAAUCAUAAAUGUAAAUUAUAACAACUUUAACAAAUUCACAAAUGUGUUUUUAAAGAAAGGACUGUAAACUCUUAUUAUUAAGAAGCCCAUAAUAAGGCUUUAACUGCUGAGCAAACUAAAUAUGAAGGUUAUUAAUAAUACUAAGCAAGUAAUAUUACUUAAUUGAUCAAUAAUGAGCAUCGCAUUGUAAACAGCUACUAAAAGUAACGUUAAUAACAUAAUACAAAUGAUAUGAAUAAUAAUAAUACACUUAAAGUAUCUAAGUAAUUUUCUUAACUAUUUGUAAACACAUCGAUGAAAUGGAACGUAAUCAUCAUCCAGGCUGAAUUCUCACAUGUAUACUCACACAGUUAAAAAAAAAAUGAGGAACUAGUUCCCACUUGAUCACGGUGGGUGAAGAUGAUGAUGAUGAUGAAGGUGAUGAUGAUCAGUGUGCAAGCGCGUGUCCUCCCUCGUGUCCUCUGCACGUCUGCGUGGACUUCAGUCACAGCUGGUGUUGAAUCAGAAAUCAGGAAGAGCUCACACCUUUUUUUUAAAGAGUGAAAAACAAACAUUAUUGACGCACUAUUUUUGUCGUUGCAUCAUUUGGAUGAAUUCACACGGAUUGUUGUGAAAUGUUGCUGCUGCCUUAAGGAUACAGUGUUUGAUUGGUUUAUUAAUUAUUAAAUCAUUUAACAAGAUGGAAGUGAAUGUUAGAGGAAGUGGAGGAGAGAGCCAGUCAUUUGUGCGCGAAUAGAAAUAAUGCGCAAAGUAAUUUUUUUUUGCAUUGUGUUUGUGUUUGUGUGCGUGUAAGAGAGAAAGGGGGAGUUUUUACACGCGUGCUUGUUUAUAAUAGAGGGGAGUCCAUCUGCUUUAUUGGGCUUUAUUUGCAUAAAACGAAAAGUUAUUCCACUAAUUGUUCAAAAUGUAGCAUGUUUUUUUGAAGUGUAUUUCUAUGAGCUGCUUCUCUGUGUGCGUGAGCGUGCGUAAAGACCGAUAGGCUCGAGCGCUUCAUUUCGAUUCACCGGGGACCCCUGCGCGCAACAAGAGCCCCCCAUGGGUGCAAUAGUGCAAACACAGACGGCGGUGAUUGGCCAGCGGUUGAUCAGAUGGUACACUUCCCCUCUGUAUUCAGUGGCACCUCACAACCCCCCCUUUCAGCAAAAACCAAAUCUCGGAUAAAGUAAUGGCAAAACCACUUGGACUAUAAAAGACAACAAAUCAUAUUCCUCCGGAGUAUAUACACCCCGUUGUCCACCCAAUGAGUUCCUAUUUUGUUAACUCAACUUUUCCCGUGUCUCUGCCGGGAGGACAGGACUCUCUCCUGGGUCAGAUACCGUUAUAUUCCUCGGGAUACACCGAUCAGUUAAGACACUACUCCAACGCGGCCACAUAUGGAGCAGCCAACAUGCAGGAGAAGGUUUACCCGGCGUCCUACUACCAGCAGACGGGCGCAGCUGCCGCGGCCAUCUACGGGAGGGCCGGCGGCGGAGCGCCCUGCGACUACAACCCGGUCGGGACUUUUUACAAGGACGCGGAUGGCUCGUGCGCUUUCUCGAGUCACCGCGACGACCAGCCGCUGUUUGUCACGCAGGAGCAGCGCAAAGUGGAGUGCGCGGAGCACACUGUCAGCAUGAGCGGCAGCAGCAUCGACGACAAGUCCUCCACCCUCAUCUACCCGUGGAUGCAGAGGAUGAACGCCUGCUCCGCCGACACACCACUACAGAUUUCAGCAUUCUCAGGUCCAUUUGGCAACAGUGGCCGCAGGGGCCGACAGACCUACACCCGCUACCAGACUCUGGAGCUGGAGAAGGAGUUCCACUUUAACCGCUACCUGACCAGGAGGCGCCGGAUAGAGAUCUCCCACGCCCUGUGUCUGACGGAGAGACAGAUCAAAAUCUGGUUUCAGAACCGCAGGAUGAAGUGGAAAAAGGAGAACAAACUCCUGAACCCCUCAAAGACACCCGAGGAGGAGGAACAGGCGGAGAAGAAGAGCUAAAGGACACCCUCCUCAAAAAUAAAAAUGUAUUUCUUUGUAGAUAAAGUGCUGCAAAUCCCAUGUUAGAGACGUGUAGGGUGAUAGACUGUAUUUCAGUUUCUGCACGGUGAUAAUGUCUGCAUUAGGUUCCCAUCAGGUCCUCCUCUGUUUGUCCUUGUGCUCGUGUGUUUAUUUAGGGGACUAUGCAAAACCCGCCAAAAUGUAAAUACUUUUUUAGUGUUUUAGUUUUUGACAAUGUUGUUACCUCAUUAUCGUAGGCCUACAUGAGUUUUAUUAUUAUUUUUGUGACAUUAAAAGAAGCUUUGGUCCUUCAUUGUACAUCUUGUGUGUUAGUUGUCCUAUAAUAAUAAUACUUCUAAUAAUACUUCUAAUAAUAGUAGUCUUGUUGUUUACAGCUGUGCCAUCAACACUUAACAUUUGUACAGAUACAAAAAAAAUGUUACAUGUUAUUUAUUGUCGUUCACCUUGUGUUCAAUGCACAUCUGGAUAUUGUGUGCAAUAUUUUGUUUAGGAAAUUGUAUAUAGAAAUAAAGGCUUUUUGAUGUAUAUUGGAAAA